UUGGCUUGUUCCAAGACAGCUGCUGCUGGAGUAGCCGCGACGACGACGCCCUUGAAGGGUUAAUCCGAAGCCCCCCCACUCACGUCCCCACCUCCCGCCCCUUUCGGAGAGAGCCGCUGCGAAGCAACCUCGCUCUGGUUUGAAAACGCACCCGCAGGCUGCUUGUGCGCCCAGGGCGCACGGAGCUCGCGCUUUGGCCACUGGGAAGUCUCCGUCUCUUCUCCGGCUGCUCCCCCAAACAACCAAGAGCCCCCGACGGCAAAUCCCUGUCCUGUCUCUGGUUUCUUUCUCUCUCAGCCCCGUUCCCGCGCGGGGCCCUCCGCAGCCUGGGGACGAUGCGCCUCUGAGUGGCUCGGUUUUGGGAGACCUCCUCGCCACUUUUGCGCGCCCAGGUUGCAGCCGUCCAAAGCGCUUCUCCAAGCCGAGCGGCCCUUCCCAAAAUGCCGUUGGCGUUCUUUUGGUGCUGCUUCUGCUUCUCCUUUUGGGGAUGUACCCUCGGGACGGGAUUCCUCUACCAGUUCCCAGCGUCGGCCUUGCAGCACAACUACCCGGAGCCGAAUUCCGGAGGGCCGUCGGGCAAUGGCUUUGCCAAUCGCCGGCACUGGUGUCAACACACGGUCACCCGGACUGUUUCCUGCCAGGUGCAGAAUGGCUCGGAGACUGUGAUCCAGAGGGUUUAUCAAAGCUGCCGGUGGCCGGGACCUUGUGCCAACUUAGUGAGUUACAGGACUCUCAUCAGACCCAUGUACAAGAUCUCCUAUAGAACACUGACUGCCCUGGAAUGGCGAUGCUGUCCUGGCUUCACGGGAAGGAACUGCGAGGAAGAAUGUAUGAAUUGUACGAGACUCACAGAAAUGACUGAGAGGCUGAACACCCUUGAAGCCAAGAUCCUUCUGCUCGAGGCUGCAGAGCAGGCUCCACCGUCAGAAAACGACCUGCCGAUGGCAAAGACGACGGUCCCCUCGUGGUACGAUGACUUGGUGCCAGAUGCCAUUCCCCUGGCUAAUCCAGGGACCAUCCUGAGGAAAGCAACAGGACCCAUCGGAUUACCGGGGCCAGCUGGGAAACCAGGACCACAAGGCCCGAAAGGUGAAAAGGGAGAGACUGGUGAGAGGGGCCCAUCUGGACCACCAGGGCUGCUUGGACCUCCGGGACCCAGGGGAUAUCCAGGUGAAACCGGCAUUCCUGGCCCUCCGGGACCCCCAGGACCACCAGCAUCUCCUGGCUUCCCGUUAACCUUCCAGCAAGGAGUUCUGUACUCGCUGCAGCCCAACCCUGAGAAAGAAAAUGGGGAGCCGCAGCUGGCAUCCACCGUGAUUGACACCAUCCUGGCGGGUUUGCCCGGACCUCGUGGCGCACCUGGCCCCGUUGGACUUCCAGGGCCACCUGGAUCUUCAGGUCCCAAAGGGGCCCUGGGACCCAUUGGCGCACCUGGGCCGCAGGGCAUGCCUGGUUCUCCUGGACAGCCCGGAUCAAAAGGCUCCAAAGGAGAUCGAGGAGAAAGGGGGGAACCUGGUAAAAAAGGUGACGAAGGAGACAAAGGCGCAGAUGGCGAAGGUGUCCAACAGCUUCGGGAGGCCCUGAAGAUUUUAGCAGAGAGGGUGUUAAUUUUAGAGCAUAUGAUUGGAAUCCAUGAUUCUUUGUCUUCCGUUGAACCAGGCUCGGGACAAGACGUGAUCCUGGGCGCCCCUCUCCGCGCAAACGUGAAAACCAAGCGGCAUCACUCCAACCAGAUUCUUUCCUCGCUUUUGGACGGCAGCGAGAGCAAAGGGAAAAGGAGCCGAAGGAAAUAGGACACCAGUCCAACAGCGAGGGCUGAAGAUCUUCCAGAGAUUUAGGCACAGAGGUCCCUGCAGGACAGGAGGAUGGAUCAACCCGUCGGAAUAGGAAGGCAUUCCUUGAACUCUCUUUGAUCUUUAAAAUGUAUACUUCACAGUUACUACAUUGCCCUAUCUCUGCCCCUGUGUCAGUGUCCAUCUCAGAUGACCACAAUCAUGGCCAGAAACCCCCAAGGCCACGUGUGAUAAAGACACUUCUUAGAGGGUGCUAUUGAUGCAAGAGCUGCCCAAAUUUCCCA